AUGUGUGAAGGGAGCUUGAAAGUUCGUUCUCUCGAGGUCCCUCCAGAGAUGAUUCUUUUCCAUGAGUGGAAUACGAGUCGAGUUGUUCGUUUUCUGAAUGUGUUCUCAUCGAAAGCGGGUUUCACAAUGGAUAUCUGCAGUCGAUAUGCCGCCGAGCAAAACAUGGGCGCAAAGCUCAUAGCAACGCGCUACUGGCAACGCGGUGACAAGAUUGAGCGUCUUUGUGGAGUCAUCAGUGAACUCGAUGAUCAAGAAGAAGAGCAGAUUUUGCGGCCAGGCUUAAACGACUUCUCUGUUAUGUAUAGUAUGAGGAAAAAAUGCGCUCAAUUGUGGUUAGGACCAGGGGCUUAUAUAAACCAUGACUGCCGGCCCAGUUGCCGGUUCGUACCAAAUGGGCAUACGGCUUACAUUCAGGUUUCACGCGAGCUAAAACCGGGAGAUGAAAUCACAUGUUUUUAUGGAGAAGACUUUUUCGGAGAGGGUAACGAGAACUGCGAAUGUGUAACGUGCGAACGACGGGGAAAAGGUGUGUUUGCGAGCAGAGAAGAGAAUAGUGACAAUGCUUCGGGUAGCAGUGUGGAAAUGGAAGAAGUUAGCUCUUCACAGCAGAAGUAUGGUCUUCGUGAGACUGAUUCUCGUUUGUGUCGGGCUAGUGUCACGAGGUAA